UGUUUGGUCAGCAGACGUCACGGGUCCUUCUUCUGGAGGUGACAUUCAGUCGGCUAACAGAUUCAGGGGGAGAGUUAGCAUCGACAAACGCUUCAACAUGGCACAGGCAGUGCAGAAAUUGGUCUCCAAAGUACCAACCCUGAUAGGCGCCUCCCUCAACUACACAAAACCUCGGCUAGCAAAGUUCUGGUACUAUGCCCGUGUUGAGCUUACCCCCCCUUCCCCUGCGGAGAUCCCCAAGGCCAUUGAGGGGGCCGCAAACCUCCUGAAGGGCUUCCAGUCAGGACGUCUCGGUCAACUUACAGUGAAGGAUGCUCUAAGGAACGGACUGGUGGCCACUGAAGUAAUGAUGUGGUUCUACAUUGGGGAGUGCAUCGGCAAAGGAGGCAUCGUUGGCUAUGAUGUCUGAGAUAUGGACUGUAAUGCUUUCUUUUUUCUUUUGAGCGUUGUAUGCUCAAUUUCUAGCAAGAAUCCUGGGAACCAAUAAACAGAUAUCUAUUGUUAACACAU